AUGAAGAGUCGCGAACGUGUCUGGAAUUUUGUCGAAAAAGAUGAAAUUCAUGAAACCUUCGAAGAAAAGCGAUGCAUCCGCGAUCGCGGAAAGAUCAUCGUUGUGGUGUCAGCGACGGAAACAAGACCAUCCGUUUCCGGCGAGUAUUUGGAAAGAAAGAAGGUUAAUGAUAAGAUUAGCCUCCUCGACGUUACCUCCUCGAUGCAUUCUUUCAAAGAUGAGAACGACGACGAGGACAAGGAGAACGUGGAAGAAAAGCGCAUUCCCGACGAGUCGAAGAUAUCGCGUGGCAACCGCGAGGCGGACAAGAUUUUUCCGCAGCAACAGCAGCAGGUGAAUCGAUCGCCCAGACGCAAAAGCGCCGGCAUCCCGACGUUGUUAUGCAUCGAUGGUGGCGGACUUGCGGAUGCAAUGGCGGUUGGAGUUAAACGCAAGAUUCCGAGGCCGGCGAACGCCUUUAUGCUCUUCGCUAAUGAAUGGCGACGAAAACUCGCCGCCGAGAAUCCUCGGGAGUCCAACAAAGAUAUCAGCGUCAGGCUAGUUCUAUUUUUUUUUUUUUAA